GCCAGAACCGGGUCAAACAAUAACAUUCGCGUCCGUCACGAGUCGGUGCAUCGGUUUCGGGUGGUGACCGGAGUGGACCUCCGGCGGAAGUGGCCAAAUUCGCGCUCGAAGGCACUUCCGUUUCGGGCUGCGAACGGAAACGGAAUGUCCCGCUGCUGAGUAUUCUAGUGUAUCAGUUGUUGAGUUGUUUUGUUUCGCAAAUUCCUUCUCCACUGCCAACGGUGAAAGCAACGGAGGCGCGAAGGCGUGAGGAAAAGGCAACGGCAGAGGCGAAACAACGAACCGAACCAACGUACAAGAAGAACCACAACGGUGGUGGACGGAAGUUGGCAGUGGCCCAGGGUGAGGAGGGCGAGGAGGUGGAGGAGGUUGCGGGGCUUUGGUGGUCCAACUGGUACGAAGUCGUGCAACGAGAGCGUCGGCAAGAAGUCAACCUUGAAAGAAGAAACAUUCAGCCAAAGGAGCGGCGGCGGAGACGUCGGCGAAGACAGCGGAAGGAAGCUGAGCAUAACGAACUGCAUCGGCAUCAGCUAGGGCAUCGAGUUUCGGAGCGAGGGGAAAGAUGUUUGCGGAGAAACUGCUCGCCAACGUCGUCAAGGCGGAAAUGCUAGCGAAUAGCAGCGAUACGGAGGAACUGCUGGAGAAGUUCGUUCCGGUUGGGAUGAUGAACGGCACCAUUGGGAUGCAGAAACCGCAGACCGUCAUCACAGAUCUCGGAAAGGCACUUCUCCAGGCAGCAAAAACAGGCAAUACAGAAAAGGUUCACGAACUGAUGAGCCGCGGUGCCCCAUUCACGGCGGAUUGGUUGGGGACGUCCCCUCUGCAUUUAGCCGCCCGUUACAACCAUGUGGAAACGUGCAAGGUUCUGCUGCGGGCCGGUAUCAGUAAGGACAGUAAAACGAAGGUCGACCGAACUCCGUUGCAUUUUGCCGUCUACCAGGGAAACGUGGAAAUCGUCGAGUUGCUUCUGAACAGUAAAUGCGAAGUCGACGCAAAGGAUAUGCUUAAAAUGACCGCGCUUCAUUGGGCAGUUGAGAAGCGACACGAAAAGAUAGUCGAGAUGUUGCUGCAGCAUGGUGCCGAUCCGAAUGCCGUGUCCAAGUUCGGUAAGAGUCCACUCAGUAUUGCGUCCGAAGGUGGGCAGGUGGAUUUGGUGCGGAUAUUGAUGCUGGCGAAUCAGAUGCGGGCUGCCAGUCGGGAACAGGUUCAGGAAGCAACUGAUAAUUUGAUGUUUGAGCUCCAGCAGCACAAGGAGCGUAACAGUGCAGCUGUAAUAGAUGACGGAGAAGAUAACAUUACAAUGGAUCUUAGCAACGAUGGCAGUAUCUCAAACAUGUCUUCCACUCCGCGGGAAGGUUUGGAUCAUCUGGAUUCGAACACCAACGACACUGACAAAUUUAUCGAGAAAGAGGACAGUAUCAGCGAUGCCAUCAUCAAUCUGGAACAGAACACCGAACAGGAUCCCAAAAACCUGGACUCAAACACACUGCAAAUGCUGAAGGAGCAUGGAAUAGCGAUGAUUCCUUCGGAUGACUCCGGCAGCAGUCUGAUCACGUCAGCCAUCCAGAGCGGGCGAAAGAUUGUCCUCUCCGAGGCUGGCAAGUUCGCUCUCAACGAGACAAGGGUGCAAUCUAAUAGUGCAAGUGGAACGAUGUCUUCUGCGGUCACAUCGACAAUGCCCACAACGACGAAGAAAACGAUUAAGAUCAUCAAGAAGACUUCGCCCUAUAUGGUAUCUCAACAGCAACAGCAGCAUCACGUUCAGCAAAGACAAACUCUAGGGCAUAGCCAUGCGGGAGGUGGAGGGACAAUUAAGACUAAUAAGGUUAUUAAGAUACUUUCGGCGGAAGAGUUCAAGCAAAUUUGUGGGGGCGAGGUUAGCGGGAUUAAGAAAAUUUCUUCACAGGACUAUCGGAAAACGGUACAUCCUUCCGGAGCGAUCAGAACGCCACACAUGCUGCACAGGCCCUCCGGGACGUUUGCCUCUUCCGGUUCGAAGCAAAUCAAAAAGAUCGUCAUGACGAAGAAUCGAUUACCCGGAAGUGUUCCCGGCCAUGGAGAGAACGUCAUCUCAAAGUUUAGUUCUGUAAAUAGCUACGGUAGUAAUAGCAGCAUUAUCAACAGCAAUCAGAAUAGGCACAUCAUCACCUCGGCUGACGGCGUGAAACGGCUCCGGACGGCAACCGGAAUGGAAAUAAUCUCAAAGCUGCCCAACAAGAUACCGCAGGACACGGUGGUAUCGGUGGAGGGCAGCGGUGGUGGUGUGAUCGGAUCCCGACAAAGCACCGGCAUAGUUCCUAUCUCGUCGGUGAACCAGCAGCAGCGGGUGGUAAGUAGCAAUGCAAACGUUUCUUCCAACAAUUCCGCUUUGAGUGGUAGCAGUAAUAGUACCGGAACGUCGAUGAGCCUCGGCGAACUGGAGCGGCACUUCCUCGAGCUUAAGAAGCAGACCGACGAUCUGCGGAAGCAGUUCGAACUGUCCCAGAAGCAGAACGAAGAGUACCGGGCUCGGGUGGACAAACUCGAAAAGGAGGUGCAAACGCUUAAACAGAGCAGUAGUAAUAAUCCUAACAAUUUCAUAGAAAUACUUUAAGGGAACUAAAGUGAGGUGACUUUAGAGAUUAUUUAUUGUUUAGUGCACUCUGCCCGUUUAUACAAAAAAAAAGUUGAAAAAUUUAUUGGUUAUACAUGUAUUUUUACAUUAAAGAAACAAUCCGACUUAGAUUAUGCGAUUUCAAUACCUGAACUGCUCUCGACGAAAAAGAAAAUAUAUCAUAGACACAGUAAUACGCUCGUUUAUUCCUAUUAGCUAGUUUCUGUUGGUCAUACAGAAUGACAUUAUCUGUCCCAAUUCCACUAUUUUUUGUUGCGAGUUUUUGAUGGUUUUAUAGUAAGUGCCUUUCGGACCCUUAAUAAAUGAUUGAAAAUAAAAAGCUGCAAUAGUCAACCAGACAUAAUUUUUUGGUGAAUGUUUUGCUGUCGAAUGGUCGGUAAAUACAAAAAAAAUCAAACACAUCUCUUUUCUGUCCAAAUAAUUAUCAUCUGCAAUGCAUAUUAUAUGUAUCGAGGUCUUUUGUUUCGGAAGCAUAGGUUUUGGCCAGAAAAUGACCUUAAAACUAUAUUGAUAGCUUUAUAUGAGCAACAUUUACUUCAAAUGUGAGAAAAAUAUCAUAAUUGGCGAAUAAUCACUUUUUUGCAUUUAAAAUCGCGUUGGCCAAUAUGGACUAGCAUAACUACAGUCGACUCUCCACAUCUCGAUGUUCUACAUCUUGAUAUCUCUCCCAAAGUCGAUGAUUGCUUCGGUCCCUUCAUUCUGCAUACGAUUUCUCUUUCCAUAUCUCGAUAUCCUCCUUAUCUCGAUAUCUCCAUAUCUCGAUGUGCUCCUGUUGAUUUUUUGUUCCCAAUUUUCUCUCCAUAUGUCUAUAUGAACAUUAUCAAAGGUUACUAGACCAGUUUUAAGUGAUCCAGAACAAUUUGGAAACUCGAAACGAAGUUUGUUUUUUUUAUCAUUUUCCUAGUAACGGAGUGAUUUUCAAUCUAGUGUUCAUCAAAUUAAUGUUCUAUGUCUCGAUCUCUCUCUAUCUCAAUGGUCACUUCGAUAUCGAGAUGUGGAGAGGCGACUGUAGAAUAGACCACAAUUUUUAUUUCGGCUCCUUAAUUGACAAAUCUCAUUAAUUUUUUUUAAUGAGAGUGGCAAAUUUGGGAACACUCUGGCCAAAAUAGAUACAUAGGGAGCCGGAACCUAUUCUUGGCACUUUUAAUUCUCUUGGGCAGUGGUUUUUUUUAAAGCUACUUAGCUCAUAUUAAGCCAGAAUAUGCGUCGUGUUGAUGUGCUUCUUAUAGCAACGCUUAAGACAAUUCGGCCGAGAAGAUUUUUUUUUCUAAGCUGUUUCGACUAUUCAAUAAACUAUGUGUCCAUCCAUCCGGGAAAAGCGGAAACUCGGGAAUUACAAAUGCCCUGGAAAAAUACAGCAAAUACCCGAGGUACUGGGAAUCACAUCGAGAAAAUGUAUAUUUCAAGCAUAAAAAUAUCGGUUUGUUUCAAUUGAAAAUUCAAUUCAAAAAAAAAAAAA